AUGACCAAACGAAAUCGUCUUGAACUCCCAAGGGGAGUUCAACUCGUUUACCUUGCCGAGGGAGGAGCAAAUGUGAUUUAUCGAUUUGUCGGAAAUCUAGGACUCGGCAAAAAAGACCCGAGGCCGCUAUCUCCGUCUGCACUCGACACGGAUCAUUGCAACCUACCGCCCCAAUUCAAGGGAAAAUUGCUCCGACUCCGCAAAGAAACCGCAGCCGACAUCUCGUACAAAGAGAUAGUCCGAAACUUUGACACUAUCAUCCGGCCGUUAUUUAACCCCGAGGAACUAGUCGACCAAACCCUCAUCAGACUCCCAGAGGGUCUCCUCUCCAGCUGCAAUGAGCAGCUCAGAUCUGCCGAACUAAACGGCGCGCGUCCAAAGAAGCGUCAUGGCGGUUAUCUCUGCCUACAUGAGCCGUUCGGCCUCCUCAUCACCGACAUGACGACGACUGGAGAUCCCAACGCUAGCCUGGCCGAGCUGAAACCCAAGUGGCUCACCCAGUCGCCAUCGGCACCCGCGACAGCGUACAGGUGUCGGACCUGCGCGCUGAGGGAGAUGAAAAACCGCGAGUUGCAACUCCAAGGCCUCAAAGAGCAACGGUUGUUCUGUCCGUUGGAUCUGGUGUCGGAGCAGUAUGAGAAUGUGCUGCGGGCGACGGGGUUGAUCAAGGGCUGCAAGGAUCGAUCGCGGCUAGCUCGGAUUUUGUAUCGCAACCCGACACUUCAGAGGCUCCAGUCGCUGCAGAAGACUGAAAGAGAUGUCGGGCUGCAGGGUCCGGCGGCACAGUCUCGGGAGAUGUCGCUUGCGAUGACUCUGCGGGACUGUACGAUGUUUAUCAAGAUCCCCCAUGAUGAAAAGUCACCCGUUGAAAUCCGCCUUGGCGACCUCGAUUUGAAGACAGGCGCCGGUGGGAAAGCUGGCUACUGGCGACACCUGGAAACACAACUGAUUAACCAGGGCUGGUAUCGGGGAAGCAACAUGAGUCAAGAUUCCGGCGAGUGCUCUUUGCAUAACCCGCGAAGACCCUCUCAGUCUCAUUUAUUAUGA